AUGAGUAUCUUGCUUACUACAAUUUGUUUGAUCGCUGCUACAUCAAUGACGCAUGGCUGCGUGCGAACUGGAACUUCUUGCAUAUGCACACUAACUAGCGCUGUUACAACCAGGGAGAGGCCAAUGCCCCGUAUUAUUGACGAUGGGCUUACUGGAACCACACAACUACGAUGUAGACGCGGCUGCUUUUUGCUCACAGCCUUGUGA